AUGCUAAAUUUUACAGGUGAGACAAGGAGAAGGAAUGUUAAUUUAGGUUCUAGAUCCAAGUCAUCCAAAAGAGAUAUAUUGCUAAAAGCAGAAAGAGAUAGGGCAAAAAGAGCACAAGAACGUAAAGAAAACAAUGCUGUGACUAAAUUGCAAAAAAAUAUUCGAAAAUAUCUAGACGUUGGAAAAUAUUUCAAAACCCAGUACAUGGACAGUACAAUUAAUCUCAUGAAUGACACAUUGGGAAAUGAUGUAAGCCUAUUUCCGGUGUUUGGCUAUAAAUUACUUUAUUAUAUACCUAUAAAUCAUUUGAAAAGGCUACUGGUAAAAUACCAAACUUAUUAUAAGGAAUAUCCCAACAGUUUAAUCAAUCAAAAAAUAUUUUUAUUACUGAGCAAAUUGCCAACUGGAGAUAUAUUACCAGAAUGCAUUAAUAUAAUUAAUUUUAAAUUAAUAAAUGGGAAUGAAUUUAUAGAGAUUGGGUUUUUACCAUUCAUUACCAACAAUUACAAUUUUGACUUUAAUUUAACAAAUACAUUACCAAUUUUUUUCUCAUUGUUAAAGUUAAAACUCAACGUUGAUACCAUACGAAGUAUAAUACUCCCUCUGAUGACUUUAGUGAUAAAGGACAACAUCAAUUCAUUAUCGAUUCAAACCCUUCUGCCAAUAAUUGUGGAAAAUGAAUUGAUACCAACGAUGACACCGUUGGAUCAGGAAUCAUUACGAAUUGUAUUCAACAAUCUCUCUUUUCUUCAUACAAUAGUACAAGACAAAGAUUACAUAGAGAAUAAAUUGAUAGAGGUUCUAACGUACUAUACUGGCAUUAACACAAUGGAUAAUAUGCCAUUUUAUAAUACAUUCAAUAUAGCUUUGUUUGAAUCAUCAUUUUCCAAACGAUUGGUAAGCUUGGUAUCCACUGAUAUGGUACCAUUAUCAACACUAGUAUCUUAUAUCAAUAUUUCUAAGCUGACUCAUAUUGGAUACAAAAAUAACUUACUAGUGGUAUUGUUAACGAAUAAACGGUUGUGUGAAAAAAUAUUUAAUGAUCUUUUCAAAUAUUCUUCAAUCGAGGAUAUCAGGGACUCUAGUAUUAAUAGUCUAGAGAUUGCGAUUGAAUUAUUGAAUUUUUAUUUAGCAUUAGCUACGGAUUCUGAAAUGUUUAGUGAUCAAAGUUCGAUACCGAUAUCAUCUAUCAAGAAGUUUUCUGUCAUGUUAAAGGAUGUUGUUUUUGAUGAAUUAUGGAAUAAACCAAGAGAACUGAGAGGUAAGAUCUCGGAUGUCGCAAUAAAUUUAUUGACUAAAAUAUAUAUUCGUGACUCUAGAACCCAUUUUUGUUCCGAUAAGUCAGAUUCUGAUUUUUGGACCAUCAAUGAUCCAAUAUUUGUAAAGACUACCAUUUUCAAAUUAAUUGAUCAAUUUAAUUCUUACUAUAAAAGUGUUAGUGAUUUUAUUGAACCACACUCUUCAUCUGAGAUAAUUUUAUCGCAAAGAAAUUUAAAACUUGAAUCAUUGAAUCAUAUGAUUGAAGCGUGGUUAGGAAAUACCCCAGUCCGUCAUAUAAACAAAUUAGAAAUCCUUAUUAGAAUUCCCUUUUUCAUUCAUUUUGAUAAACGUGUUGAAAUGUUUUAUACUUUAAUUGGUCUUGAUAAACGUGAAUUAGGUAUAGAUGAUAACUCACCACAAUCUUUCAUGAAUGCUUUAAUGCCUGGCCGGUUAGGCAAAUGGACCUCAACAAUCUCAAGAGAUCAUAUAUUAGAAGAUGCAAUGGAUGCAUACAAUAAUAAAGGUGAUCUUUUCAAAUCUUCGUUGUCAGUUAAAUUUGUUAAUGAAUUUGGUCCCGAAGAAGGGAUAGAUGGAGGUGGUGUCACAAAGGAAUUCUUAACAAGUGUGGCAGAUGAAGGGUUUAAGGAUCCCAAAUAUGGAUUAUUCGCCACUAAUGAACAAUAUGAAUUAUAUCCAAAUCCUACCGGAGAUUCAGUAACUUUAGAUCAAUUAUCAUUCAUGGGUAAGAUUGUUGGGAAAUGCCUAUAUGAUCAUGUUCUAAUUGAUGUUGAUUUUUCUAGAUUUUUCUUGAAGAAAUUAUUAAAUUAUUCGAAUAUGUUCAGGUCUACUUUUGAUGAUUUAAAUAGUUUGGAUAGUACAUUGUACCAGACACUAACAAGAUUAUUAGUCAUUGAAGAUUCCCAAGAGAUUGAAUCCUUAGAUUUAUAUUUUGAAAUAAAUGAUUCCAAGGGGAAUAUCAUUGAACUGAUUCCAAAUGGUAGUACGACAAAAGUCAAUAAACAUAAUAUAUUAAAAUAUGUGUUAAGGAUUGCAGAAUAUAAAUUAGAUAUAUCACUUCUUGAAGGUGUCACUGCAUUUCAUAGAGGUCUCAGUGUCAUGAUUCCACCGAUAUGGUUAGAAAUGUUUAACCCUGAGGAAUUAGAAAUGUUAAUCUCUGGGGGUAAAAAAGAUUUUGAUAUUAUUGAUUUGCAAAAGAACACAGAGUAUGGUGGAUAUACUGAAGAUGAUAUUACUAUUACAAACUUUUGGGAUAUUAUUAAUGAGAUGACAUCUGAGGAACGAUGUAAGUUUUUAAAAUUUGUUACAUCUGUUCCACAGGCUCCAUUACAAGGAUUUGAAUCCCUAGAUCCAAAAUUCGGGAUACGUAAUGCAGGGGAAGACUUGACAAGAUUACCAACUGCAUCUACAUGUGUAAAUCUUUUAAAACUUCCAGAUUAUGCUGAUAAAGAGACAAUGCGUGCCAAAUUAUUAUAUUCUAUAAAUUCAGGUGCUCGCUUUGAUUUAUCAUGA